AUGGGCCCCCGGGUAUCCCCCACCCAGUCCCUGCCCAGCCAGUGCCCCCGGGAGCCCGAGCCAGUGGAGGACUGUGUGCAGAACACGCUCUCAGCCCUGUACCCGCCCUUUGUGGCCACAGCACCCACGCUGCUAGGACAGGUGUUCGAGGUAGUGGAGCGGACAUACCGGGAGGAUGCCCUGCGCUACACCAUUGAGUUCCUCAUACCUGCCAAGCACAUCCUGGCACGCAUUCAACAGGAGGCCUGUGCCCAGUACAGAGGGUUUGUGUUCUGUCAUGAGGGCUGGCCGCUCUGUCUGCACGAGAAGGUGGUGGUGCAGCUCAGCUCCCUGCCCUGGCAGCAGCUGUGUCCUGGUGACUUCUACCUGCAGGUGACCCCCUACCUGUCCCGCGCCCCCCGCCUGGUGCUCAAGUGCCUGUCGCCGGACGGGCGCAGCGUGCAGGAGCUGCAGGUGCUGCCUGACACCUACCCCUUCCUCUUCACUGCUGAGUGGCUGAACAGCAUCAACAAAGACCGGCGGGCCGGGCGGCUGGAGCAUUGCCUGCUGGCAGCUGAAGAGCGGAUUCUGCGCCUGCCCUGGACCGAACUCAUCUGCCCGCAGUUCUUGCACCAGGGCAGCUUCAUGGUGGGGCGGCGUUGCCUGCCAGGCCCCAGCCCUGAGGUGCUGGGGGCUCGCAGCCCUGGGGAUGGGCGCCACUCAGGCGGGGAGAGCCAAGAGGCAGACGGUGGGGGCCUGGAGGGGGAGUAUGUGCAGCUCCUGGAAAUCAGCAUGCCCCGGCACAACGCCCCCCCAACCCCAGUGUCCCCCAAUUCCCAGAGCUGUACCCUGCCUGCCCGCAAGGGCCAGGGCAAGGGCCGCAACCGGCGCCACCGUGCCUGGCUGCACCACAAGCCCAGUCGGGAGGAGACUCUGCCCAGGAACCGGCCCCGCAGAACCUGGGAAGGGGGGCGGCCAGGGGCGGAUCCCGGCCAAGCAGGGCUCCUGCGGGGCUGGGACCUACAGAGGCCAUACAGGGAGACUGGAGGGCUGAGGGCCAGCCAGGGGGAUGGGCAGGAUCGGGGGGGCCCUGUACACAAAGUGGCAGCACAGAGUCGGGGCAAAGAGGGGCUUCUGCCUAGGGAGAGAUGGUGGGGAGGAGACACUGGGGAGAGGGCAGGGGAUCCCACCCUGGGGGAUGAGCAGCAGGGUGGGGACCCUCCGGAGGGGUGGCGGGGAGGGGAUCCCAGCCUCAAGAAGAAGUGGGGCGGAGACUCUGAGGUGAAGAAGUGGGAUGGCGUCCCUGGGGAGAGGCAGCAAGGAGGGGAUUGCAGCCUUGAGGAGGAGCAGCGGAGCAGGGACCCUGAGGAGAAGCAGCAAGAUGGAGUCCCUGGGGAGAGGCAGCAAGGAGGGGAUUGCAGCCCCAGGGAGGUACAGGGGAGCAGGGACCCUGGCCCCCCAGCCAUCUCUCCCCAGCCCAGCACUGUGGCUGAGGUGCAGGGGCUCAGUCAGGGAGCGGGGCAGGCGGCAGGGCGAGCUGCAUGGCCUAACCCCAGGCUACGGGAACAGAGCCAAGGCCUUCCAAGGCUGAGCAGCCCCCGGCCCGAGGCUCCCAGCCAGGACCGGAGUCCAGCCAGAGCAGAACCACCAGGAGCCAGGACUAGCCCCCAGCAAGGAGCCGUUGGGGACUCUGCUCCAGGGCUGCCACACCGGUCUGCCAAGGGCAACCGCAGGAGGAGAAAGUGGGGAGGGAGUGGCUGCCGCACCAGUAUGGAUUGGAAGGAGCCUGAGUCUCCUGGGGCAGGGGUGGAGGAUGCCCCGGCUGGCACCAAAGAGGGGGGUAUCCCUGCUGGCACUGGACUCCCUGUUGUCCCCACCCCAGGAGAGGGGGGUGUCCCCCCCAGCACCAAAGAAGAAGGCAGCCCCUCUGGCACCAGACAGCCUGUUGCCAUCACCCCAGGAGAAGCGAGUGUUCUCCCCAACAGCACAAAUGGGGGCAAUGCCUCAGGCACUGGACUCCCCAUUGCCCGCACCCCAGGAGAAGGGGCCAUCCCCCCCAGCAGCACAGAGUCAGACAGCCCCUCUGGCACCGGACUCCCCAUUGCCCCCACCCCAGGAGAGGGGGCCAUCCCCCCCAGCAGCACAGAGCCAGACAGCCCCUCUGGCACCAGACUCUCCAUUGCCCCCACCCCAGGAGAAGGGGCCAUCCCCCCCAGCAGCACAGAGUCAGACAGCCCCUCUGGCACCGGACUCCCCAUUGCCCCCAACCCAGGAGAAGGGGCCAUCCCCCCCAGCAGCACAGAGCCAGACAGCCCCUCUGGCACCAGACUCUCCGUUGCCCCCACCCCAGGAGAGGGGGCCAUCCCCCCCAGCAGCACAGAGCCAGACAGCCCCUCUGGCACCAGACUCUCCAUUGCCCCCACCCCAGGAGAAGGGGCCAUCCCCCCCAGCAGCACAGAGUCAGACAGCCCCUCUGGCACCGGACUCCCCAUUGCCCCCAACCCAGGAGAAGGGGCCAUCCCCCCCAGCAGCACAGAGCCAGACAGCCCCUCUGGCACCAGACUCUCCGUUGCCCCCACCCCAGGAGAGGGGGCCAUCCCCCCCAGCAGCACAGAGCCAGACAGCCCCUCUGGCACCAGACUCUCCAUAGCCCCCACCCCAGAAGAGGGGGCCAUCUCCCCAAGCCCAGAGGAAGAGACUUGUGCUGACUGCCCCGGGUUGGGGGCCCUCACAGCUGCCCUGGCAGAGGCUGCAGUCCCCACCGGCGCAGAGGAACAGGCUGCCCCCGAAUCCCUGGAGAGGACGGAGGCUGUUGGUGCUGGUGCAGCCCCAUUUGUGGAGAGUGCUUUGCCCGUCACGGGAGGUGCAAGAACCAGCUGCCCCGUGGAAUCCUUGCCCCCCACCUCGGCCCCUGUGGGGCAAGAUGUAGACUGGGAGCUUUUGCACUCAGGCAUCUUCCAGCUGACAGGCGGAGUAGACAGGAUGGGAAGGGCCUUGCUGACUGUCACCCCCCAGCCCCUAGGGGAGCCGGCCCCAGCCCAGAGGGAACUGAGCCAGGCCCUGCGGUACCUGCAUUCGCUGCUCAGGAAGGAGCAGCAGGAGUUGGGGCUGACGGUGCUGCUGGAUCUGCGGCAAGGGGGGGCUCUGCCCCCCCAACCCCCUGCACUGCUGCCAGCCCUGCAGGAGCUGCAGGAGGCUUCACCAGCUCCUGUGAGCCGCCUGCUGGUGCUGGCCCCACCGGAGGGCAAGGAGCUGCCCCUCAUUCAGGAGGCACUCGUGCUCUCCCCAGGUGACCUGCCCCAGUUCUUGGACCCGGAGCAGCUGCAAACGACUCUGGGCGGGACCCUGCAGCACUCACAGACCCAGUGGGUGAAGAUGUGCCAAGCGCUGGAGCGGCUCUGCGGGCUCUGCCAGGGCGUGAUCCAGUCGGUGCAAGCGGCCAGUGCUGAGUUGGAGGCAUUGGAAUUGGCCGAGAGUGACGAG